GGAGUCAUGGCGGAGGAGGAGGUGAACGGGAGAGGAGGGAAGGGCUCGGACUGGGCUGGCGCCGCCCUGCUGGACAAGACCAGGGAGUUCUUCCAGACGUGUGACGUGGAGGGAAAAGGCUUCAUCUCCCGCACAGACAUGAGGAGACUCCGUGAGGAGCUGCCGCUGUCGGCCGAGCAGCUGGAGGACGUGUUCCAGUCCCUGGACACGGACCGGGCCGGCUUCCUCACGCUGGAGGCCUUUUCCUCCAGAUUCAGUCAGUUCCUGCACGGCCGCCGGAUCUCCGUCACCGAGGACCAAAGCCCGGCCUCCGGCCCGGCAGCGAAGGCCAAGGAGACGCUGUACCAGAGCCAGUGGGAGGCCCGGCUGUGGGCCGGCGAGGACGAGGAGGAGGGUCACUUCCUCCUGCUGCUGGAGAGCCUGGGGGCCGGAAACGUGUUCGAGGAUCCCGGCGAGGUGCGGCGCCUCUGGGCUCGGCUCCGGAGAGACGAGCCUCAGCUGCUGACCAACUUUGAGGAGUUCCUGGCGAGAGUCACGCAGCAGAUCAAACAGGCCCAGCGGGAGAAGAGGGAGAUGGAGAGCGCCCUCCAGAGGAAGGCGGCGACGCACAACAGUGAAAUCCGGCAUCUUUACGAAGAGAUGGAGGCGCAGAUCAAGAAUGAGAAGGACCAGCUGCUGCUGGAGGACUCCCAGCGUCUCCAGUCGCGCAGCCAGGACCUGGAGCACCAGCUGAAGUCCAAGGAGAGAGACCUGGAGCAGCUUUUCCAGAAGCAGAAGUGGCUGGAGCUGCAGUGCAGCGAGCUGAGCAGCGAGAAGCAGGAGAGCCGCGUGGAGAACGUGAAGCUGAAGACGAGCAACGAGGAGCUGUGCAGCGCGCUGCAGAGCACCAGCCAGGAGCUGGCGCUGGCCCAGGAGCAGCUGGGCCUGCUGCAGGACCAGGCGGCCCGGCUGCAGCAGGAGAAGGAGAUGGAGAUGUACCGGGUGACGGAGGGGCUGCAGCGGGACAAACAAAGCCUCAUGAAGCAGCUCGACCUCCUCAGAGAAAUAAACAAACAUCUAAAAGACGAGCGGGACGUCCGCUCCAGAACGCCCAGAAACUCUCUGAGGAAGAAGCAGAAGCAGAGGACGGGCCUCGCCGACCUGUUUGACGACAACAAACCUGCAAAAAAACUCCCGCUGUCGGCGGACGGGUCCUUCCAGUCUCUGGAGGCCUUGCCGGUCGAGCUGCUUCAAAUCGUGUUUGUCGCUUCCUCCUCCUGUAGCGAAGACGACGCCCCCGGCUCCGCCGAGGCCUCGGAUGCCCCGGCGUUUCAGAAAAGGCCUCCGGUGAAGAAGAGCUCCAGCUUCUCCAACGGCACGGCCGCCGGCGUCGCCCGACCCGGGCUCCAUGACGCCAAGGCCAAGGCCAGGAAGACGCCGGGCAAAACGGCGCCGGCCAAGAAGGGGAAGGCCAGGGAGAAGCCGAAGAGGGGGGAGCCCGAGAAGAGGGCGGGGCCUGAGAAGGGGGCGGGGCUUGAGGAGGAGGCGCUGGACGCGCCGCCGGACGGCUGGCCGCUGCGGCGGGUCAUCUCCAUCGAGGAGGACCACCUGCCGCACCUGCUGGCCGCCGGAGCCGAGCCGUUCCUGCACCAGCUCAGCGAGGAGGACGACGACGGCGACGAGUCGGAGGCUCAGAGUGAUGCCGAACCCGCCGUUGCCAUGGCUACAGAUGCUGCUCCGCCCAGACCCCUCACAGUCCCCACGGGGGCUCCCCCGAAAACCGAAUCCCGCCACAGGCGAUCGAAGAAGAAGACGCCGGCGUUCCCGAGGGGGCAGCCGGUCGGCAGGGAGACGCAGGAGAAGGUAAAGGAGAGGGAGCUGUUUGCCCCGGACCGGCUGUUCAAGGUGGUUCUGGUGGGAAACUCCAGCGUGGGCAAGACGUCUCUGCUGCGCUCCUUCUGCGAGGGCCGGUUCCACCCGGCCGCCACGGCCACCGUGGGUAUCGACUACAGUGUGAAGACUCUGACGCUGGACAACAUGCAAGUGGCCAUGCAGCUCUGGGACACGGCAGGUCAAGAGAGGUAUCGCAGCAUAACCAAGCAGUUCUUCCGCAAGGCGGACGGCGUGGUGGUGAUGUACGACGUGACGGUGCAGGAGAGCUUCAAGGCGGUGAAGCCCUGGCUCCUCAACGUCCAGGAAGCGGCAGGCGAGGGGGUUCCCGUCCUCCUGCUGGGCAACAAGAUGGACAUGGAGAAGGAGCGGGAGGUUCUACUGAAGGACGCUGAGCGGCUGGCGUCCGAGAACAAGGUGAUGUUCUUCGAGGUCAGCGCCUUCACUGGCAAGAACGUCUCGGAGUCCCUGAGUCGCCUGGCGAGAGUGCUAAUGGAGCAGGAGGACACAGUGAGAGACCCGACGGUCGUCCUCACAGCUCCACCAAUUAAGAAGAAAAACUGCUGCAAGUGA